CAUCUUCAGAGGGAAUGUUAGAAUCAUUGGCUAUAAUGAAGCCGUUUAUUUUGUUGUAGUCUUGGCUUCCUUUUGCCGCUGAUUAUUCUAAGCUAUGAUGAAGCCUCUAUCUCUCUCUCUUAGAAUCACCAAUGGUCCAAUGCACAUUUCACACCGACGACUCUAAUUGGCGCCUCAGGCGUCAUAUGAGGAAGUUUCAAUCUGGUGACCGGGCUGAAAUUAAUUCAAUUUGUUUAACACGUUUUAGUGAUCUGGGCAUCUGUUAGAAACUUCCCAGGAACCAUGGGAUUCGUGAAUUUUAGCUGAAUUCGUGAGUUUUUUACUCUGCAAAUCCGGUUUUUGUUUGGUCAUCACUAUAAUCCAUGGAUGGAACUAAAGAUGGACUUUUGGGAAAUGAAUCUCUCUCCAGUGGAGAAGAAUCCGUCUUGAGGUCGAAUUUCUUCUUGGAUCAUAUUGGGGAGGUCGUUGUGACUCUCGAUUCUGAUGGGUUGUCGUGGAAAUUAUUGGAAGCCACGAAUAACAAGAUGGAUAGAUCUUCAUGUUGGGGUACCGAGCUUGAUUCAAAAUUUGAAAAUGCUAUCAAGUUCUCUGAUGUUUACGCUUUUGAGUUCGUCAAUUGGGGUUUGAUUCAUGAGUCAAUUCUCCCGAAUGCUGGAGGAUACCCUAUGAGUUGUGACUCUGAGAUGUAUCGUUUUUUGGUGCAUGGGUUCCAAAGAUCAAGGACCCAGUGUUCUCUUUGGAUCCUGGCUACUUACACCUUUGGUCACAAGGAUCUGCAGUUAUGCCAAACAUGGGUGAAUCGAAUUAAUGCAUCUAUGGAAAUGCAAGUCGACAGACCCAAGAGCCUUUUGGUUUUUGUUCAUCCAUUGAGUGGGAAAAGGAAUGGAUGCAGAACUUGGGAAACUGUGGCUCCUAUAUUUUCUCGUGCUAAAGUGAAAACGAAGGUAAUUGUUACAGAGAGGGCAGGCCAUGCAUUUGAUGUGAUGUUAUCGAUCAAAGAUGAGGAACUGAAGUCCUAUGAUGGUGUUGUUGCUGUAGGUGGUGAUGGUUUCUUCAAUGAAAUUCUGAAUGGUUUACUCUCUCCAAGGCAUAAGGCUCCUUACCCACCAGCACCUACAGAUUUUGUGCAUAUGGCUGGGAAUAGUGAGAGCAAUCUCGUCCAUCAUUCUAAUGAAACUACCUCUGAGAGUUCUCAUCAAAACGAACCUCUUCUUUUAAGUUCCGAACCUAGUAGCUCGGGCUUCUCAAACAUCAGAUCUGAUGGUGGGUCUAGCAAUAGAGAUCAAGAUACUAUAUUGUCCUUCCCAAAUGAACGAUUUAGACUUGGAAUUAUUCCUGCAGGUUCAACUGAUGCCAUUGUGAUAUGUACUACUGGAACUCGAGAUCCCAUAACAUCUGCCUUGCACAUUGUCCUUGGUAAAAGGAUACGCUUUGAUAUAGCUCAAGUUGUCAGAUGGAAAACAAGUAUCUUGUCAAAGGAGGCACCUUAUGUACGCUACGCGGCUUCUUUUGCUGGAUAUGGAUUCUAUGGAGAUGUCAUCAAGGAGAGUGAAAAUUACCGCUGGAUGGGCCCCAAACGCUAUGAUUAUGCAGGAACAAAGGUGUUUUUAAAGCACAGGUCAUAUGGGGCUGACAUAAGAUUUUUAGAAGUUAAAGCAGAAAAAGUAAAUGCAAUUCCUGUCAAAGGUCUUCAAGGUAGUGGGACAAGAUCACUGGGGGUUCCACAGAAAAGACCUGAAAGACUGCUCUGCCAUGUUAAUUGUAGUGUUUGUACCGAGUCCGUGAAGCCAACACAAAUGACCACAAAAAGUCCCACAGAGACAGAUUACACAAUUCCCAAAGACUCAAGGUGGCUGCAAUCCAAGGGGCGUUUCCUUAGUGUAGGUGCAGCAGUCAUCUCCUGUCGCAAUGAAAGAGCUCCUAAUGGUUUGGUGGCUGAUGCUCAUCUUGCAGAUGGUUUUUUGCAUCUCAUACUAAUUAAAGAGUGCCCUCGCACAUUUUAUUUAUGGCACCUUACACAACUUGCAAGGAAAGAUGGUAGCCCCUUGAACUUCAAGUUUGUGGAGCAUCAUAAAACGCCAGCCUUCACAUUUAUGUCUUUUGGUGAUGAGAGUGUCUGGAAUUUGGAUGGUGAGCUCCUCCAAGCACAUCAACUCUCAGCACAAGUUUUUAGAGGUCUUGUUAGUUUAUUUGCAUCUGGCCCUGAAGUUUAAAGAUGCAAGCAGCUUCAAACAGGGUUAAUAGUAUUUUUCUGCAGUGUCCCAGGUUGAAGCCCAUUUUUAUCUAACAGGAAUGUGAAUGAAUCCAGGGAAAUUAUAGUCAUCAAGUAUAAUGGUGUCUACGGUGUCAAACAAGCUAUAAACGAUGUAAUUAUUUUAGCAAUCAGAGCUCAAGCUAGUGUAGCCAUUGAGAGAGCAUCUGAAUUCAUAAACUCUUCUCAGCAUUAGUAAGUCAGAGAUGGACAAAAGCUGGCAAGAAGGAACUGAUACUGGCAAUUUCAUAGCUGCAGUAAAGAUAUCUUAUGCAACUUCAAGGGAGAUUCAAUAAGGAUGGUCUCCUUCCUGGAGGCAGUUAGCACCUGCAUUAGCCUCUACAAGAAUCUGCUGAUUGAAUAAGAAGUGCAGUCAUAAUCAAAGCAAGUUUUGUAAUGUACCACAAAAUUUUUUUUUUCCUCCCUUUUUGGCAGGUGCAGCCCUCCUUUGAAGAUAUGCAUCUGUUAUGUAGUUAAUUUGGACAUACUGCCUUCUCUUGUCAAUCCAGUUUGCAUAAUCAGGUGGUUCAUGUACUUUACAGAGCAACUUUAACAACUUUAAUGUAUCAUUCUGUACAAUGAAGUUAAUGUCA